UGUGUACAAAAGGUCAAGUAGUGACAGGCCAGUACCGUAUGCUUGCCAAGCAUGGUGGUUACGUAUGGCUGGAGACUCAAGGAACGGUGAUUUACAACACGCGCAACCUACAGCCUCAGUGUAUUGUCUGUGUCAACUAUGUGCUGAGUGAAAUUGAGAAGAACGAUGUUGUGUUCUCCAUGGACCAAACAGAAUCGCUCUUCAAGCCUCACCUGCUGACGAUGAGCACUGCCUAUGAGAGCGGCAUCCCCGGCACGGAGAAGAGCGACUUCUUGUUUACGAAGUUAAAGGAGGAACCAGAGGAACUUGCUCAGCUGGCACCAACACCUGGCGAUGCCAUUAUUUCCCUGGAUUUUGGGACACAGAAGUUUGAGGAAGCCCCUGCCUUCACCAGUGCUGUUUUGACACCAAACAAAGCAUGGCCAGUGGAAGUGAAAAGCCACGCUGCUCAAGGUGAAACACUGACGAUACCAUCCUUUACAAUGCCUCAGAUUGCACCUGGCAGCAGUACUCCAAGUGCAAGCAGCAACAGUAGCUGUUCCACGCCAAGCAGCCCAGGAGAUUAUUACAGUUCUGUGGAUGAAGAUUUGAAGAUUGAGGUCAUUGAAAAACUCUUUGCCAUGGACACGGAAUCAAAAAGUCAGUGCAACUCCCAGACUGACUUCAAUGAACUGGACCUUGAAACCUUGGCUCCUUACAUUCCUAUGGAUGGAGAAGAUUUCCAGCUCAGCCCAAUCUGCCAAGAAGAACGUCCUCUCUCUGAAAGUGCACAAAAUACCCAGCAGAGUCUAAGUAGCAUGAGUACCAUCUUCCAACCCCUUGCUUCUGCUUCACAGAAUCAGUUCCUUCCAGAGAAAUAUUGCCCACAACUGUCAAAUAAAAACAUUAACCCAGGUCACGGGUCCCUGUCAUCGGUGUUCUUCAACAAUGUGAGUAGAUCAUCGCUGCCACCAUACCAUGACCAAGCCAGCACUCCCCUGUCUUCGAUGGGAGGAAGACCAAACACCCAGUGGCCACCUGAUCCCCCAUUAGAAUAUGUUCCUGCUAAAUGGAGACGCAUGGAUAAAUACUCAGGAUCCCUAUCAAGUUCCCCCUCAGGGCCACCAGUACAUUCUCCCAGCAUGCCCAUAUAUAAAAAAAGGCCCCUGGAUGCUUUUGGGCAACGAGGCAUAGAUAUAAACCCAGCAAGAAUUGCUCUGUCUAACAGUUUGAAACUGAAGCGACAACUGGAUUAUGAAGAGCAAGCGUUGCAACAGCUGAGUGGGGGAGAUCCAUCUGUCAUUAACCCAUCUCACCUAAUGUGGAAGAGAAUGAAAUUUCUCAAAGGGGAAAACUGUUCCUUGGUUACAGAAAAGAAGUCUCUCAGCACAAGUGUUCUUACUGAUGAAUUUGUCUGUAACUCGAGAGGUCUGAGCCAAACAAUGAAUCAACUGCAGCAGCAGCAGCAACAACCCACCUGUGGCAGUCCUGGUGAGAAUCUGAAAGCAGGAGCAUUUCCCCCUCCAUUUUACAGUUCCCAUUAUCAGGACUAUACUGUCCAGCCAGCUCAUAAAGCAUCAGGUAUGACCAGUCGUCUGCUGGGGCCCUCCUUUGAACCCUACUUGUUGCCCGAGUUAACGAGAUAUGACUGUGAGGUGAAUGUCCCCGUUUUGGGCAGCUCUACGCUUCUGCAGGGCAGUGAACUGCUCAGAGCGCUGGACCAGGCAACCUGAGCGAUCCUGCAAUAUUCCGUGGCCUAUACAGUUCAAAACAGCUUCAGUUUUUAAAUAUAUUUUUGCAAGUAGACAAUUUCUAAUAUCAAUACACUUUUACAGGAUUUUACUUAGAUACUGAACCUGUCCACGUUACCAAAUAGUGGCCUUUUGAAGUUACUCACUUUAUUAUUCAUAUUAAAGAAAUACAUCUACUGUAUUUUCUCUAUUGCAAUUAAAGUGUUGUUUAGAGAGUUUGAUUACCCUCCUCCCCUUAUCUCAUUACUUGUAAUUUAUACUCUGAAAUUUUCUUCAAAUUUCAUGCUAAUAAAA